GACGCUCUGACCGUCGGAAUGAAGCUAACGCUGUUCUGUGGAAAAUAUAUUGCAAUGAAUGAGAUUUGGAGCUCCAGAACAGGGGAACAGCGCGAACUGAAGCCCUGGUCGUCAUUGCGUCUCGGACUGUGUCUCCGUUGCUUGAAUUGGCAAGGCCAUGAUUCCAGCGUCCAGAGUCACUUCGAUACACUCGAAGCGACAAGGAGAAUGAGAGGAGCCCAGUACUAGUGCCUGCAGCAACCGUCCGGGUUUCCAUGCUUGCCCUUCCGUACUGCUGCUACCCUUCACUCAAAUCACACAGAUUUAACGCGGCCAUCGCCGCCGCUGGGUGAUGUCACGCGCCGUCAGACUACCUCGCUUUUACCGACCGUCAUUACCUGCAGUGUUUUUCGCCUGCCUUCGACGACGACGACGACGACGAAGAUGGCGGGUCAAUAUCCGCUGGCGGCUCUGACUGUCUUUUUCACCGUCUCUCUGUCCAUACCUGCCGUGCUGGCGAUUCAGCGUCUGCACCGCGGGGUUUCUAUCGAAAAGCCAGCCUCACAUCCCUUCCCGACCGCCUCUCCCUCCUCACCUUGUGUCGUUCUGUCCUCGCUACUUCGUGCUGUGAUCGAGUUGGCUACUCUCAGACGGUUGCCGUCCGAGGAAGAUCGACACGUUACGGAGGACCGCGACGAACCUCUGUCCUACGAUGACGACGACGAAUCAGAAGUCGAAGUCGACGAGAACGUCGACUGCACGCGCGCUGCCGGCCCGUCCAACGACACCGCGGCUGCGCCCGCUCCGGUCCGUGGGAGCCUUGGCCGACGGCGGCCGCUGCAGGAUGCGACGCCCCCGCCGCCGCGCGAGUUCGCGAUCGACUGGGACGACGUCUGGCCGGCGUGGACCCGGGAUCCGCGCAGCAGCCGUACCCGGCUGGUCUACGACACGUACUUUGACGCGUUCAGGAGCACGGUGGUGCACCCCGUGCGUCCUUCAUGCGGCGAAUCUGGCGCAGAUGCGGACGAGGGAAUGCUGGAGGCUAUCAUGCAAUUGGACGACGACGAGCUCGUCUCGGCGUUCCGCUCCCUCUCCCUCAGCUCUGAUGAUCGUGGGGACGACGACGACUGUGCGGGCAGCCCGUCUGCGACUCUCUCUCUGCCCGAAGAUCUCGUGGUCGGGCCUCCCGCGGGGCUCUCGCCGUUCUGCCCUCCCCCGGUCUCCAUUCCGUGCCCAGAACAGCCAGCUUCUGCGUGGCGGCUCGACUGGUACUGACUGCGUAUCACGCAUCACGCAUCCCACAUCCCUGGCUCUGCCCUCUCAUUCGCAUCACUUCGCACCACUCACUCUGCAUCCUUAUCACUCCGUAGCAUUCACUCACUGCCCUCCGUACAGUACUCCCCCUGCGGCCCUACCUGGCCCAGGUCGCCUUGUCCUCACUCUACAUUCCUUGCGCAUUUCGUUCCAUUGUUUUUGUUGCGCAAAAUCGCACGCAUCGCAUCGCAUGUAUUAGCUUAUCCACUGUAUAAUUGCCAUCCUGUCCUCUGUUUGUCCCGGUCCCGUACCUUGUGUUUCGGGGCUGAGGCUGAUCCCUAUGCUGUCCAGCGCACCGCGGGGGAUUAGCAGGGACUACUUAGCAGAUCCCUCCCAUUCAGGUUACGAUCCAGAUCGGCAUCGUGAACAAUCACAAGAGCAGCUGAACUCGCUGUGGUCAGGGGGAUGUAUUCCUCGAUCGUGAGACAUCGAUUCGAACGAGAUCCGAUCUGAGUUGUGAGGACAAGUGAGACACAACAAGGAGGCUUUCGCGUCUCGGCAGUGUGACCUGAGUCGUGAUCGUGACUGCGCGCGCUACCACGUGCGCCAGAUUGGCCGAGGCUCCCAUCCACCCAUCCAUCUUGCCUGAUUUACUAAGCGAGCGAGUAUGUCGUUUCCAAGAAGACAAAAUGUAAUACUCGAGGGGUGACAAGAGAGAGGAUAUUCCUGUGAUUACUCACGCUAUGAGGCAUGUUCUGACGAGUCGAAAGAGAAAGAGCGCGGGUUAUUGAGGCGCGCGCUACAUUCGGAAACAC